CUCGGUGCAUACCUUAAAAACGUGCACGCGAUAAGUGAUCACGCAUUGCAACCCUCUGUCUUGCCACGGGUCUUUCAUCGCAGCAUGGAUCAGGUAUAUAUAGGCCGCUAUCCCACAGCGAGCAAGACCCCGUCGCAAUUAGCUUUCGGACAAUCGAAGUAAGUAGAUUAUCUUGGAACUAUCGGCUCAGCUCGUCAUGAUUCCCCUUAUUUUGGCCGUGAUGGCAUCUGUCAUCCCGAUGCUUGAAGCAAGACCCUUCGCUAAGAAGAUUACCAACAGUACGAAGGCUGGUUUUGGACCUCUCACCUUCAAGAGUGAUGGUACAUUUCAGAUAGCAGUUUUCGAAGACUUGCAUUUCGGAGAAAACGCAUGGGAUCAAUGGGGUCCGCAACAGGAUAUCAACUCCGUCCAGGUUAUCAAUAAAAUUCUUGAUGCAGAAUCCCCAGGGCUGGUCGUCCUAAAUGGUGAUUUAAUUACUGGCGAAAACACCUUUUUGGAGAACAGCACGGUAUAUGUCGACCAGAUCGUAGGACCCCUCGUAAAUAGGGGUCUUACAUGGGCAUCGACAUACGGCAACCAUGACUAUGACUUCAACAUCUCCGGCAAUUCCAUCCUUGCUCGCGAGAAACUAUGGCCUAAUAGCCGGACACAACAAAUGGUAAUCAGCAAAAAUUCCGGCGUGUCGAAUUAUUACCUUCCAGUCUAUGAUAGCAAAUGCAGCACCGAUGACUGCGCCCCGGAGCUAUUGCUUUGGUUCUUCGACAGCAAGGGCGGGUUUAAAUAUCAGCAGAAGAACGCAUCCGGAAGUCGGGUUGGUAACCCGGACUGGGUUGAUUCCAGCGUUGUAGACUGGUUCGUAGAUACGAACACGCAACUUGUUAGCAAGUUCAACAAAACAAUUCCUUCGCUAGCGUUCGUGCAUAUCCCGACGUAUGCGUCCUAUGUCCUCCAGCAACAGGGCGUUAACCCACACACUGAGCCAGGGAUAAACGACGAUAACCCACUGGCUCCUCAGGCGCAGGGCUGGUGUUCCGAUGGUCGAAAUGACGGUACCUGCACGUACGGGGGACAAGACAUUCCAUUUAUGGAAGCCAUAUCCACAGUUCCGGGAUUGAUCGGAGUCUUCUCGGGACAUGAUCACGGAGAUUCCUGGUGUAACAAGUGGGAUAAGCAACUCCCAAAUAUGUCAGUAGUACCCAAAAACGACGUUAUACUUUGUUUUAGCCAGCAUUCGGGAUAUGGUGGCUACGGAAACUGGGAGCGGGGCUCUCGCCAACUGCUCGUAUCGAAGUCGAAGUUGCAGGAAGGGGCAGUAGAUACCUGGAUCCGUCUUGAAUCCGGGAAUAUCGCAGGGAGUGUAACUUUGAAUAGCACUUUUGGACAAGAUCACUAUCCGGCAACGAACAAUACGAAGACCUACUGCCCUACGUGCGACUACACCUCGACGUAACACAAGGGGGCACAAAGACUGUGCAUAUGACUUGUCACCCAGACUAUACAUGAUAUAGCAAUAUAAUAACAGGAUAUCACAUUAUGAUUACCACUUUCAAAACCCGAACGUACCUAUCGCCGGAUUGAAAGGAGACAAUCAUACUCCUCGCCGUAAUAUAAUCGACCGCAAGUUACGUGUAAUAGCAUGAUAUCUUAGGUAGACGUCGUUCGGAUUGUCAUCAUUCAACUUAAUUAAAAUCUUAUUUCCACGAAAACCCUGAUCUACAUCUCAUCUACUCCACUCCAAAGCUCCAAAUGGACAUUUUAUAGGCCAAUCACCCACACGCAGGAUAGUG